CCGCCCAGUGCUGCGGCUGCGAGGGCCGUGCCAUUUUCUACGCCUCGCGGGGGUGUUGCGGCCCUGAGCUGCCUGAGAACUUCCCGUAGCUCCAGCAUGUGGAGCCGACGGCUGGGCCGCCUCAGGCCAGUGGGCUGCGGUGUAGAGGAGCUACGGCGCCGCCGGCGGGAGCGGGAGGCAGCACUGCGGAAGGCGCGGAGGGAGCAGCAGCUGGUCAGCAAGAGGCUGCUGAGAGACGACGCCCCGGAGGGAGCCGGAGAGGGUUGCGUGGUUGCGAUCCUUGGGGAAGCCGAGGUCCAGCAGUUCCUGAGGCUAGCCCAGCGGGGGACAGAGGAAAAGGAGAGAGAGAGGGCUUUGGUCAGCCUUCGUCGAGGCUUGCAGCACCCUGAGACACAGCAAACCUUCAUCCGGCUGGAGGGCAGCAUGCGGAUCCUGGUUGGGCUUCUGACCAGCAACCAAGCCCUACUGCAGCUUGAGGCGGCUCGGUGCCUGCAUGAGCUCUCUCAUUCUGAGCAGUCUGUGGUGGCUGAGGCCUGCCUGCCAGCCACCUCUUACCUCCUCACCUACCUCUCCGGUCACAGCUCAGACUUCAUAGAGCUGUGUCUGUAUACACUGGGUAACCUGAUCGUGGAGAGUGAGGCUGUGAGAAGGCAGCUCCUGCCACAGGGCAUUGUUCCAGCCUUGGCUGCCUGCAUCCAGUCCCCCCAUGUGGCUGUGCUGGAAGCUCUUGGAUAUGCCUUGUCUCAGCUUCUACAGGCUAAGGAAGCUCCAGAGAAGAUCAUUCCCAGCUCCAUUCUGGGCUCUACUCUCCCUCAGCACAUGCUGCAAUUGUUGCAACCUGGCCCAAAGCUGAACCCUGGGGUUGCUGUGGAGUUUGCCUGGUGCCUUCAUUACAUCAUCUGCAGCCAGGUCAAUAAUGCCCUGCUCAUCUCCCAUGGGGCUCUGUCCACUCUGGGGCUUCUGCUGUUGGACUUGGCUGGGGCUGUCCAAAGAACCGAGGAUGCAGGACUAGAGCUGCUGGCAUGCCCUGUGCUUCGGUGUCUAAGCAACUUGCUAACAGAGGCAGCAGUGGAGACUGUGGGAGGGCAAAUGCAGCUCAGAGAUGAACGUGUAAUGGCAGCCUUAUUUAUUCUUCUGCAGUUCUUCCUCCAGAAACAGCCCAGCCUGCUUCUUGAGGGCCUCUGGCUCCUCAACAACCUCACUGCAAACUGUCCUAGUUUCUGUACCUCCUUACUCUCCCUGCAUCUGAUUGAGCCUCUCUUGGAGCUGUUGCCAGUAUCUAAUGUGGUGAGCAUAAUGGUGCUCACAGUUCUGUGCAAUGUUGCAGAGAAGGGUCCUGCUUACUGCCAGCAGCUAUGGCCAGGACCCCUGCUCCCUUCCUUGCUGAACAUGCUGGCCUUCUCUGACACUGAAGUAGUAGGCCAGAGUUUGGAGCUGCUGCAUCUGCUGUUCCUCUAUCAGCCAGAGGCUAUUCAGGCUUUCCUGCAGCAAUCGGGACUGAAGGCCCUGGAAAGGCAUCAGGAGGAGGCCCAGCUCCAGGAUCGUGUGCGUGCUCUUUGUUGGACAGCUCUUCACGGGUGACCUGGCUUCUCAAUUUGGCUCCCCACCCCCGGCUUCUUUGCCUACUUUCUCUUGGGUGGAGCCCUCCAGAGGUUUAGGACCACAGUGAGGUCUCAUGUUCUCUACUCCCACACCUAAGCCAGGACUGUUGGACCCCAGGUCCUCCUCUUUCACCCAGCAUUAUCCAGGCAGGAGGACCUGAGGGGACUUAGUGUGGCUUCCUUAUUCUGGGAUGCUGAAAACCCCACACUCCACAUUUUUUUGCUUCAGCAGUGGGCAGCUUUUGAUGAAACAGAAUAAAGUUUUAUUUUUAUAUUAAA